ACUUACCAACCUUUACAGAAUCUAUGUUUGAUGGUCAACAAGAUAACUACUACUUACAACUUCAAAUCGAACAUUCAAAUUUGUUUGAAUUGUCAGAUUCUGAAAGCUAUAGUAUGGAUACUAACAAUCAGCAUAAAUAUUUAUAUUAUAUAUGUGUUGAUGAUACUUUUAAAACAUUUGAAGAAAUUGGAAGAAAACUUGACCGAUAUACAAUAGAACGUGGAUUUGUGGUUAGGAAGAGACAUAUUCAUACAUGUGAUGAUGGGUCGAUAUGGAAUGCAACUUGGGUGUAUACAAAUAAAAGACUUAAAAAUGAUGCAGCUGAUUUAUUGAAUUACUUUUUACGACAAAAAGCAUUAGACCCUGGUUGUAUAGUUGAGCCUGUUAUUGGUGAUAUUGAUAAUGAACUUAGAGAUGAAUAUUAUGCCAGUGAACCGGAUUUUACAAAUACUUGCAUUAAAGAUGAUUAUGAUUUACAACAAAUUUAUCUUAAUUCGUUUUUAUAUAAUAUAUCACAUGAUAGUAUUAAAGAAGCUUGGCAUAUUGUUAGACUUACAGAAGACGAUCAAAAAGACAAUCAAGAAGAUGAUCAAGAAGUUGAUCAAGAAGAUGAUCAAGAAAAUAACCAAGAAAAUACUAUUCAAGUUACUAAUCCAAAGUUAUAUAAACUAAAG